GGCUGGCCGUCUGUCUGAAAAUAGUGAACGAAGUAUGAGUUUUCGAAAUAUGUUCGAAUAAAAAGUGAACAGUGAGUGACUGUCAUCGAGCAAGAUGGUUGAUGACGUGAAAGAUAUUACGGAAAACGCUGAAAGUAAAGUGUCGUCAGAGGCUUUGGACCGGUCGAGGUUGGCGCGCGAGCGGCGGGAGGCGGAGCAACGCAAGCGGCUCGACGAGCUCCGUGCACACGCGGCGGCGGCGCAGGCGCAGCGCGAGAAACGAGAUGAGGACCGCCGACGAAGACAAGCGGAGCAGCGCGCAAGAGAUGACGACAGGAGGCAACAGGCCGAGCAGCGAGCGAGGGACAGCGACAGAAGGCUCCAGGUGGAAGAACGCAAACGUGCGAUAUGGGAGGCGUCAGUGUCCCGACGGGAGGCACUUCUCCAAAGAGAGAAGGAACGCACGGAACGCCUGGAACGAGCCAGAGCGGCGAGGUCAACUCCCAGACCUGCAUUCGCCUUCGGUUCCUCGACACCACGACUUCUGGAGCCGGUUGAUUCAGCUGGAUUCUUCUGGGCCGCGCGCAGUACCAACCCACUCGAUCAGAUGAGCUUUUUUGAGUCGCUGGCGGCAUCAACGACUAAUGUGAUGUUCGCGUCUGCGCCGCUCACGAGACGAGCGUCGGCGUUACACCUCGAUACCUCAGAUACAGAUAAUAAAGACGAACCCGACCGCCAGCCGACAGUUGUAUGGUCAUCAGUGGCCCGGCGGCGCACCGACCUUGUGCCCACACUGCCGGCCCCGCGCGCGCCAGGUAGGGCCUACUCCAUGACGCGUCUGGACAAGCUGCCACGUCUGACGCCCACCUCCUCGCCCUCCAUGCACCACCUCAACCGCGCCCAGACGCGGUCCGGGGAGACGACGCCCGGCUCUCGUCCCGGCAGCGCGCUGUCCAAUGCGGGCGUGGUGCGGCGCGCCGUCUCCGCCCCGCGCAAACCCCGCCCCGCCUCCAUCGCCGGCACCGGCGUCAACACGCCCAGAGGCGGUGGGGACACAGGUGCGAACAGUAUCGCGACGACGCCGUCAGUGUCGCGCGACGCGACUACAGUAGCGGGCGGAGACGCGCCGCGGAGACCGCCCACUGCGCGCAAGCCACGCCCACUCUCACUACACGCCUCGCCCCGACCUGUUUCAGUGCAGUUAAGUUACAGUUGUACUUGGUCAACAGCGCCCCCCACCACCCCGGGGGAGGGCAAACCGCCGCUGCAUAGGAAACCAAAGCCUGCCAAAGAAUAUGAAAAGCGCGGCAAGUCGCAGUCUCCAGGUCGGGCGCUGUCUCCAACACCGCCUCGACACAUUGACAUUAUGGAUAAGAGCGUGAGUUCUGACAAGCGUCAGGUGAGCGCCAUAGAGGUGACACAGAAGCUGGAAGCCCUGCAGAUUGGUGACGUCAUCACACAACAAGUACUAGACAAUAAGGUAAACGAAAACAAAGAACAUGUAGAAAGUAAACCGGAACCGAAGCCCGAACAAAUUGUAGAUGAAAAUAAAGAAGAUAAACCGAUAGAAGUACAGAAGCAAGUCGAAAAGGAAGAACAACGUGAGAAGGAGACAUCGCAAGAGAGAAGAGAGGAGAAGAAGGAGCCGACACAGGAAAGAAGAGAAGAGAAGAAGGAGCCCUCUCAAGAGAAGACCGAGGAGAAUGAAAUGACGGCAUCAAUGAUGGCGCGUCGCAUCACCACGGAGGAGGAGGCGAAGGCGGCGCUCGCGGAGCGCAGGAGACGAGCACGAGAGGAGCUGGAGCGACAGGCCGAGCUGGAGAGGCAGCGUCUCCAACGUGAGGCAGAAGAAGAAGCAGAAAGGCAGAGACAAGAAGAAGAGAGACAGAGGAGGGAAGAGGAGGAGGCGCGUGAGUUGGCCGCGUUACAGCGUCGCGUUGAAGAGGAGAAGCUUCGGAAGGCUAUCGAAGCGCAACAGGAGUUGGAGCGUCAGGAGGCGGAGAAGAAGGUUCGUGCGGAGGCUGAGCGUGUUGCUCGUCUGAAGGAGGAGGAGGAGAAGCGACGAGCUGCCAAUGAGGCCGAGAGGCUGCGGCGUGAGGAAGCUGAACGUGAGGAGAAGGAGCGUCUCGCGAGGAAGCAGCGGGUUGAGGCCAUCAUGGCGAGGACCAGGCUCCGGAAGCAAGCAGAAGAAGAAAAGAAACAACAAGAGAACAAAGCACAAGUACCUACACAAGCAAGCAAUGAACAGUCAAACAACCAGACUAACGAAGUCACACAAGUCACCGAACAAGUCUCACAACCCAGUGAAGUCAUCUCACAGUCGAGUGAUAUCACACAAUGUGCAAUUUUACAAGACAACAGUGUCAUAGAAAGCAAAACAGUAGAACCAGAACAAAUCUCACAAGUUCCUGAUGUAAUUAUGCAAGAAAGUGUGAGCAGUGGUACACAGGGGCACGUAAACAUCAGCGUGCCGCCGCCGCAGCACGAGCAGCGCAGCAGUGAGGAGCACGUGCCCGUCGCGCAGGGAGUGUCUGUGCACGUGCCCGCAGACAACGGCAACAGGGUGUACACACACGACCUGCUGCAGCUCGCCUCUACUCAGCAAGAUAGUUUGAAGUCAGAGAGUGAGAUAGAGCAAGCUGUUCCCGCGACCGUCAACAACGGCAACGUCACUGCCGACCUGUUGGGAAUGUCCGACACAACUGAUAACAAGGACACUUCUGAAACGCAGUCGACGACCGUCACUACCAAACAGAAUGAUAACACCCCAUUACCUUCCAACAAUGGUAACCAACACAUUGGUCACAUAUCGGCCAACUUUAUACAAAACGAGCGCACGUUGGCCGAACACGACCAACAUGCACAGCAAGUUGGACAAAUCAAAUUGGCCGAUAUGCCCAAGCUGUUGGACGACGACUUCACCACGCACAACGGCCACAGUGCGACGCACGGCCACCCGCUAACGUUGCAAAAUGCAAUCUAAUACAAGCGAUUUAAGGUUGAAUAUUGAAUGGUUUUCAUAGUGUAUAUAUUGGCUGGACGUGUCGAAGUCGAAGCGAUUUUGAACUCUAUGCUCUUUGGGAGAAAGUUGGAUUUUGAAUAAUAUUGUAGUAUUACAAUUUUUUUUAUAUUGACAAUGAAUUCUAAACGAAUGAUUCUAA